AUCUGUUCUCUAUUAAUUUAAAUUAGUCUUAAGCUAGUGAAAAUUAGUUAUAGCCAUUGCAAUGGCUUUUCUGUGUCCGGUGCGCAUGCGGCGCGAUAAAAAGAAAGCCACAAAUGCCAACAUCGAACGGGAUCUGGCGCCCGUGGGCAUGGGCCGCAUUACAGGCUCCUCCAGCAUAGAGACUCUGGUGCGUGUGGGCAUUGAGAAGGAGCACGGACUCAGUCCCGACUCCAAAAUGGUUGUGCUGCACGACUUUACGCCCUGCGUGGAUGAUGAGCUGGAGGUGAAGCGCGGCCAGCUGGUUAAUAUAUUGUAUCGGGAAAACGAUUGGGUCUAUGUUAUUGGACAGGAUUCACGGCAGGAGGGCUUCAUACCCUUCUCCUACUGCGCGCCCUAUAACACACAGCUAGCUGAGCUGGCCAUCAAAAAGAAGCUGCCGCGCGAACAGUGUCCCGAGCAGCCGCACGAGGAGAACCAGCCGCUGCUGAGCGUUGGCGUUGACAACAAACUGGACGUGCUGUGCGAUGAAGCGAUCGCUGUGGGCACAGCCUCGGCAGUCAACAAUCUGGAGAGCAAUCUGCAUGUGGCCAUGCCCGAGUGCACGCCCUUCAUCAAGGAGCCGUCGGGACGUUGCAUUGUGCUCUACACAUUUAUUGCACGCGAUGAGAACGAUUUGUCCGUGGAGCGCGGCGAAUUCGUGACCGUGCUGAAUCGCGAGGAUCCCGAUUGGUUCUGGAUAAUGCGCAGCGAUGGCCAGGAGGGCUUUGUACCGGCCAAUUUCAUCUAUCCCGCCGACAGUGUGCGCGUGCUGCAGCAGCAGAAGGCAACGCCAAGCGCGGCGCCUCUCAACGAAAGCAACAUGCAACAUCAUGCGAAUCUAACGGGUGGCGGCCUGAAUGCCAUGGAAAGCAUGCUCCAACAGCAGGGACAACAGGCGCAACAACAACAACAGCAGCAGCAACAACAGCAACAACAACUGGGCAUAGGCACGGAUGACUUGCGCUACCAUGGCACGGAGCUGGUCAUGCUGUACGACUACAAGGCGCAGGCGCCCGACGAUCUGUCCGUGCGCCGCGGCGACUGGAUCUAUGCGGAUCUAAACAAUCAGACCGUCGACGGCUGGCUGUGGGCAUAUGCGCCCAAGACGCGCAAAUACGGCUUCAUACCCAAGGCCUAUGCACGGCCGCCGGCGAUGACCAGCCUCUGAUCGGAUGAUCGGCCC